CCCAUCAGCCCCCGCGGCAGCAGCUGCACUGAGCGGCAGCAGGAAGAAGGCGCAGAACCCACGUGUUGGACAAGAUGCCCAAGUCCAAGCGGGACAAAAAGGUCUCCUUGACAAAAACCGCCAAAAAAGGAUUAGAAGUUAAACAGAACUUAAUAGAAGAGCUGCGGAAAUGUGUGGACACCUACAAGUAUCUCUUUCUUUUUUCCAUUGCCAACAUGAGAAACAACAAACUGAAGGACAUUCGGAAUGCCUGGAAGCACAGCAGGAUAUUCUUUGGGAAAAACAAAGUGAUGAUGGUGGCCUUAGGACGGAGCCCAGCCGACGAAUACAAAGAUAAUUUACACCAGGUCAGUAAGCAUCUGCGGGGAGAGGUUGGACUUCUCUUCACCAAUCGCACCAAAGAGGAAGUUGCAGAGUGGUUCGCUCAGUUUAAAGAGAACGACUUCGCCCGAGCUGGGAACAAAGCAACCUUCACCGUCAAUCUGGAUAUGGGGCCCUUAGAACAGUUUCCCCACUCCAUGGAGCCGCAGCUGAGGCAGCUGGGGCUCCCGACGGCGCUGAAGAAAGGAGUGGUGACCUUAAUCUCGGAUUACGAGGUCUGCAAAGAGGGGAGCAUCCUGACCCCUGAACAAGCACGUAUCCUGAAACUCUUUGGGUACACGAUGGCAGAGUUCAAGGUGACGAUCAGGAGCGUGUGGCAUGCAGAGACGGGAGACUUUGAGCAGCUGGCCGAAGAGGCAGAGGACGUCACGGAAGGGAUGGAGGAGGAGGCGGAAAAGGAUAACUGUGAUGAGGAUGACAACUAGGCAGGAGCAGGACUGUUCCUAUAGGACUAAACUGCUCAUCUAAGGAC